AUAUGAAAUACCUUGUUUGUGUAAUAACGGCGCUAUGUAUUGUAUCAACGAUACAAUUAGAAGAAGAAACCACAGAAAACAGCAUCGCCAUAAAAGGCACAACGGAUAUGGGCAUAAAUAAUUUUGGAUUAAAUUUAUUAAAAACUAUGAUGAAGCAAAACGAAAAUCAUAACGUCGUGAUUUCACCAACCGGAAUUGCAGGCUUACUCGCAAUGACGCUUUUGGGAAGCACCGGCGAGACGUACAACGAGAUCGCACAGCUAAUCGGGUUUUCUGAAGAUAUUCUUAAAAAUCGCAUGUAUCACGAAGAUUUCGGAACACGACUCCAAUCCCUGAACAGUAAGGAGACGAUGACUUUGUAUGCGAAUGGUCUAUUCGUGAACCGUAACACCACACUUCGUCAGGUGUACCAAACCUAUCUAGAGCGGGUUUACAAAGGAGAAGCUUUCGUCACAGAUUUCGGGGACACUGACGAGGCUAAAACGGUGAUUAACGAAUGGGUCAAGAAUCACACACAGAAUAGAAUAGAAAAUUUUCUCCAGCAACCUCUCCCCAUUUCCACAAAAGCUGUUUUAUUGAGUGCUCUCUAUUAUAGCGGACAAUGGUCGCAUCCUUUUAUUCCUGAAUAUACAAAGCAAUUGCCUUUCCAGACACCGACAAAGGAAGUCCUAGUUGACUUGAUGGCAAAUUUCGGACAAUUCAAUUACGUGUUUUCCAUUGAAAACGGACUUCAUAUGAUUCAGUUGCCGUAUAACGAUAGUGUUACAAGCAUGUAUGUAAUUAAACCAAGAUUUCCUAAAACCACUACGAUAACAGAACUGCUGAAUCGUUUAGAUUUCGAAAAAAUCGACAAUCUAAUAAACCAAAUGUCGAGGAAAAAGUGUGUCAUAAGAUUCCCAAAGAUGGAAUUGGAGAGUAAAUUAGAUUUAAAAGAAGCGUUAAAAGCUCUUGGCGCCCAAUCUAUGUUCACUCCUGGUGUAGCAAAUUUUGCUGUAAUGUUGGAAUCUGAUGAAGCAGCUAAGGAUACCGAGGACAAUCUUAUAACUAGAAUAAGUGCGGGCGAUGGCGAAUCAAGAACUUUGAAACAAAUGGUGGACCGCCUUAUGAAUCCUGGUGUGCACGUGGAUUCCGUAAUGCACGAAGUGAAAAUGUCUGUUGAUGAAUUUGGUACCGAAGCAGUGGCGGCAACCAGCGCAUUAAUGGCGCGAUCCGCCGAAACAUUCUACGCAGACUCUCCAUUCUAUAUGUUUAUCAGAAACGAGAACACGAAACUUGUAACCUUCAGUGCUGUCGUAUAUGAUCCUACGGAAUAGUACCUACUACAUGGGUUACGACUGGUGCCGGCUCAAUGAAACCUGGCGCCCUAAGCAAAAUACUGGAACUAUGCCCAUAAAAAAAAUAACAACAAAAUAUAAGACUAAUGUACACAAUAUUAUUUUGCAAAUGACCAAGAAACUUCUUAGGUACUGCUGGUGUGAAUUUGUUUUACUUUUGAAUACCGCGGACAUGGUUUUCAUGUUCAAAGAACUAGUAAUUUUUUAAUAGUAAGAGAAAACAUAAUUUUUUUGCUAUGCCAUGCCGCCCCCCAAAUACAAGCGCCCUAGGCACCUGCCUUGUUUGCAUAUGUGGACGAGCCGGCCUUGGGCAUGGCCGUCUAACUAUUUAGUCAUAGAAUAUAUCUUAGCGAUAUUAUGACGAUAUUUUGUUUCAUUUUACUACAUUGACAUGUCUAUUCAUGUUUGACUUUUGAUGGACAAAUUUGUGAUAAAUAAUGUGUUGGAAUGUUAAGUUGGAAACACUGCUGUCAAAUCCACAUUCAUCAUUCUUUAUCAUUAAUUUUUCGUUAUUAAAGUGUAAAAUGAAACAUGUCAAAGUAGUAAAAUGAAACGAAUUUCCUAUCCUAUGAGAGUCAGACGGACGCUGUGCAGAUCUGUGCAUACAGCCAACAACACAUCAAGUUAUUAUAAAAGAUCAAGUGACUGAAAUCCUUAGUUCCAAUCUAUUCUAAGCUUUAUUGUGUUUUAAGUUAAACUCAAAGUUGAUGGCAGUGGUCUUUUAUAUUAACUAGACGCACUGCCGUUUGAACAUUUAAUAUUAGACAAAUUCAUAGACAAAAUAUCUACUGCAUACACAAAAAAAAAAAACAAUUUCAUGGAUAUGAACACAUAAGAAUGACGUUAAAAGGGCGCGUUUUAAAAUGACCAUGAUGACAGUGAACAUACAGUCAAACAUAAACCUCCUCUCUGUCAAAUCUGUUAAAAAUAUGCAUUUUAAAACUAAUUUCAACAAAGGACAAUCAAGUUGUUCAAGUCUACGUGGACUUGAUGUACACAGCCGCAUGUCAGGUUACCAAAAUGUCAAAAUAUCAGUUCCCCAGUUGAUUUUAAACUCUACCUUGAAGCAUUUUAAGGUUUAAAAUCGAAUAGAUAUUUCACAGAAUUUGUAUACCAACAUUAAUUCUGCUCCAUGCCAUUGAAUUUCAUUCAAUUUCAGUGGAAAACUAAGAAUAAAAUAAUAGUUAAGUUUUAUUACAAAUCAAAUUUAUUUUUACCAUUGUUAUCAAGUUUUCAUGAUCAAAUACAAUGUUUUUUUU